AUGGACGCGCUGAGGUUUCUGGGCGGCGUCCGGCCCGCCGCGCCGCCGCAGCCCCCGCUGGCGCCGCCGCCAGCGCAGCGGCAGCAGCAGCAGACGCGCGCCGCCAUGCCGCGCCUGUGGCCGCGCGGCGAGAGGCGGGGCGCCGGCGCGAGCGGAGAGGUUCGCGGCGAUGAGGCGGGGACGAGGCCCGACGCGGAGGAGCGGAGGCAGGGCAAUCAGCAGACGCGCGCCGCCUUGCCGCGCCUGUGGCCGCGCGGCGAGAGGCCGGGCGCCGGCGCGAGCGGAGAGGUCCGCGGCGAGGAGGCGGGGACGAGGCCCGACGCGGAGGAGCGGAGGCAGGGCAACUGGGUGUUGCAGAUGCUGCGGGUGCAACCGAGGUGGGCGGAUCAGGCGGACGCCGAGGCGGCCGGCGGUGGCGGGGGACGCGGAGGGCAGGAAGACGAGGCACCGGACGUGCCCGGGGCCGAGAGAUGCGCGUCGUGCGGCGGCGGGGACGAGGAGGAGGAAGGCUGCGCCGUCGGGGCGGACGAGGGCGACGGCGAGGUGUUCGACCGCGCGUCCUUCUCGAGGCUCCUUCGGAAGGUGUCCAUCCAGGACGCCAAGGAGUACUCCAGGAUGUCCUACCUCUGCAACAUCGCCUACAUGAUCCCCAAAAUUCAGCCAAAAUGUCUCCGCCGGUACAGUUUACAGUUUGUGACAACAUCAGUGCAAGAGAAGGACAGAGCUAAUCCUGAUAGGAAGCAGGAGCAGAGCACUGAGAAAGGUGAAUCUCCAGAUAAAACACCUCGAUUUGUCAAGAAUGCUGCGCUGGGGAGCAAGGAGGAAGGAGGAAACGGCCCGGCGAUAAACCCUUUUGGUGCUUACCAAGUCAUGUCAUCUGCUGCCUCAUAUUUGCAUUCCCGGGCCAUGGGCAUCAAUCCCUUUGGUUCCAGGACUAAGGGUAAGAAUGAUCCAACAACCAUCAUGGCCAUUGUGAGUGGUGAGAACGGUGAAGGUUUAACCUUGGACGAAGCCUCAUUUGUGGCCACAACAAAUUCAGUAACUUCCAUGGUUGCUGCCAAGGAAGAAACAAGACAAGCUGUUGCAGAUGAUCUGAAUUCUUCAAGAUCUUGUCCCUCUGAAUGGUUUAUUUGCGAUGAUGAUCAAGGUAGCACAAGAUACUUCGUAGUUCAGGGCUCGGAGACGAUCGCUUCUUGGCAGGCCAACCUACUAUUUGAACCAGUCAAGUUUGAGGGACUCGACGUACUUGUUCACAGGGGAAUAUAUGAAGCUGCCAAAGGGAUGUAUCACCAAAUGCUGCCGUAUGUCAGAUCACACUUGAGAAAUUAUGGUAAAUCCGCAGAAUUGCGAUUCACUGGCCAUUCUCUUGGUGGGAGUUUGGCUUUGCUUGUGAAUCUAAUGCUACUGAUGAGAGGAGAGGCACCUGCUGCAUCAUUGUUGCCUGUUAUAACAUUCGGUGCCCCAUGCAUCAUGUGUGGCGGUGACCACUUACUCCGUAAACUCGGGCUACCGAAGAGUCAUGUGCAAUCAAUCACAAUGCAUCGGGAUAUUGUUCCUCGAGUAUUUUCGUGCAAUUAUCCUGACCAUGUCGCCAACAUUCUGAAGCUCGCCAAUGGAAAUUUCCGCAGUCACCCAUGCCUUACAAACCAGAAACUCUUGUAUGCCCCAAUGGGGGAAGUCCUCAUCUUGCAGCCGGACAAGAGGCUCUCCCCGCACCACCACCUUCUCCCACAGGACAGUGGCAUCUACUACCUGGGCGAUUCAGCAGGCAUCUCCCUGAAACUGCUCCAAUCGGCCGUGUCGGCGUUCUUCAACUCCCCGCACCCGUUGGAGAUCCUCAAGGACGGCGGCGCCUACGGCCCCAAGGGCACGGUGUACCGCGACCACGACGUGAACUCGUACCUGCGGUCGGUCCGCGGCGUGGUGCGCAAGGAGGUGCGGCGCCUCCGGGAGGCGGAGCGGGAGCGGUGGCAGCUCCUCCUGUGGUGGCCGCUGGCCGUGCACGGCGUGCUGGCCACCGGCAUUGGCGGGUGGGGCAGGUACGGCGAGCUCGCGGACGCGGUGGCGCGGGGAGGGAAGGAGGCGGCGAGGCAGGCCCAGCAGCACGCCCGGCUGCUGGCGCUGUUCCUGCUGCCGGUGAAGCUGCUCGUGCUCGGGGCUCUCCUGGCCGUUAGACUGAGGUGA